AUCGAAGUCGUCCUUCGCACCGACCUCCCAGAGCGGGAGCAAUGGCGGAAGCCGGGGCCCGGCAUGCCCCGCGCCCAGGAAGGCGCCCCGGGCGGAGCAGGCGGGAGCCGCGGCGCCUGCGCGGCGCCGCCCGCUGCACCCUGGGAGAGGCAGCGCGAGCGAGCCAGCCCCGGCGGAAAAUCCCAGGAAUUUCGGAGGGUUUUUCCUCUCUUUCCGCCCCCCGGCCCCGUCCCGCCGCCCCCGCCCGGGGCAAGGCGUGCACCGGCAGCCCCGGCGGCGGAUGCAUCAGCUGGAGAUGGAGACGGGAGGCAGCGAGCGGCCCCCGCGGGUGAAGCAGGAACAGACGUCCCUGGAGCCUGAGGAUCCCCGCGAGGCUGCCGUCUACCCUGAGAACGGCCAGCGUCCCUCGCCAGAGCCGCCGGUGGACCAGGAAGCCGAGGAGGAGAAGCCCGCUGUCUGUGCUGAGUGUCAGUGUGUCUUCCCAGGACGGCGGGAGCUGGAGAGUCAUCUGAGCCGGGCACACAACGCCCAGGAGCCACGAGACGGGGUUGGCACUCAGUCCUUGCGGAAGCAAGAUCUGCUGGGGGAGGAGGAAGGGCCGGAGGCCGGGGGUGCCUGCAGGUGUUCUGGCUGUCGCCAGCAGUUCCCACGGAUCUCGGAUUUCCUGUCCCACGCUUGUCCACGUCCCGGACGGAAACCAUUCCGAUGCCAGGACUGUGGGAAAUCCUUUGCCCAGGCUGCCAAACUGCUGGAUCACCAGAGGUGCCACACAGGAGAGAAACCAUUCAGGUGAGGGGUCAGGGAAAGGGACUCGGGGAGACAGGGACUGUGCAUGGUGCUGGGGUUUGGGACCUGCAGAGGAUCUUGCAGUGGGAGGGGAAAGAUCCAGUUGUCGUGGUCCACGUGGGUACCAACAAGACAGGUAGAAUUAGGAAAGGGGUUCUGCUGAGGGAAUUUGGGCAGCUAGGGACUAAAUUAAAAAGCAGAACCAAAAUGGUGCUCAUCUUCUGAUUACUACCUGAGGCACGUGUAGAAUGGCACAGGGGCGUCAGAGAGUUAAAUGCGUGGCUCACGGAUUGUUGUGGGAGAGGU